AUCACCACUUAUCCUCCCGCAGUGCAGCAGCUCAAACUUAUCUCGCCUGGAAUCAGGCAGCAGGCAGGCAGCCCUGUGACGUCACACCGAGCGCCCGCUGCAGGGUGAAGGACCCCGGCGCAGAUUGUCCCCUCCGGGAAGGACAGAGCGAUGUUUGUCAGGACUGCGGUCCGAGCUUGGCGGCUGACCGGGACCCCGGCGGCGGCUGUGACCGGGGUGAGGCAUGGCUGACACUGUUUGCGAUGAUUUAUUGUCUGCCAGUCUUAUCGCAGCCAAGACAUGACCCCAGCCCUGGCUCUCCGGGGAGGCUGGAUACCGGGACUAGGGUGGCUGGCUGAGGGUUACCGGGACUCGGUGUGGCUGGCUGAGGGUUACCGGGACUCGGUGUGGCUGGCUGAGGGUUACCGGGACUCGGUGCGGCUAGCUGAGGGUUACCGGGACUCGGUGCGGCUGGCUGAGGGUUACCGGGACUCGGUGCGGCUGGCUGAGGGUUACCGGGACUCGGUGCGGCUGGCUGAGGGUUACCGGGACUCAGUGUGACUGGCUGAGGAUUACCGGCAUUAGUGUGGCUGGCUGAGGGUUACCGGGACUCAAUGUGGCUAGCUGAGGGUUACCGGGACUCAGUGUGGCUGGGUAAGGGUUACCGGGAUGUAGUAUACAAACAUGGCGGAUAUGGUAACUCUAUAGCUCUCUUACUAGCUGCUGCCUGUGUCUCAGUGACAUGAGGUGUCCAUGCAUGCCUGAGUGUAAUCUAAUAAUUGAAUAUUUUGUUUAUUGGUGAAGUUCUGUGUGAGAACCAUUCACUGGCCUGGUUUGGAGAGGGUUUGUCUUCUUGACAGGUUUCACAUUUGCAUUGACUCCAAACUGACAGAUGACCUUUUGCAGGUCUUGGAUCAGCAAUGUGAAAAGGACACGGUAGUCACCCAGACCAGUUCAUCGCAAUGAAGUGAUCAAGGUGCAGUGACCCUGUGGGUGAGACCCCGUAAUGUAAAAUAUUGCAGUUUCUCCCCCAGAUACUGCAGUGUUUUCAUUGCAAACCUAAAAAAAAACUAUAGUGUGGGAAUAGAAAACUGUGUUCCUAACACUAUAGGAACACUUUGCCGUGUCCCCCAGCUAUGAGAGCGUUAAAUAACCCCAUAAACACACGAUCUCAGCACUGGGCCAGGCUGCACAGACGUCAGCCAAUAGAGGGGAACUUAGUGCGCAUGUGCAGCAAGUACCGCACAUGUAUUUGGCCUUUCACAAAGGAAAGCAUUGACUCAAUGCUUUCCUAUUGGAAUUGUCAACACGCUGGAUUUCUUUAUGCAAAGCCAAAGCGUGAGGACAUACAGGUCGUUUCAGGGAGUCAAACGCUUUGACAGUGCAGGAGGCGCCGUAGACGGCCACUAGAGGCAGUGUUAACACUGCAAUGUUUUACCUUGCAGGGUUAAGGGAACAGGGACACUGCACCGAGACCACUUCAAGGAAAUUAAGUGGUCUGGGUGCGGAAAGUGUCCCAUUAAAUCCACUUACGAAGAGGAGAUGGUUCACAGGCUAUUUGUUGGGGUCUUGUUUUCAAACCUCAAAUCUAAGUUCAAAUUAGUUGAACUCUCAGUUUAGUAAUUAACCUUGUUAGUGUAUGUAGCAGAAUUUUUUUUAAAAUUUUUUUUUAUGUCCUGUUUCUUUGCACAGGCACAGCUUCAUGUAAGCUCCAGGAAUGGGUUGAAAUAUGGCUUCUGGAGGUAUGUUCUUGGUGAGAGGAGUACAAAGAAAUUUGGGGAACACAGCAAGAUAAUCACUGUCGAUGGAAAUUUGGCAACCGGCAAGGGAAAGCUGGCACAGCAACUGGCAGAAAAAUUAGGUGAGGUUAAAAAAACCAAAAUGUGUGUGUGUGUGUGUAUAUAUUAUGAAAUUGUAAUUACUCCCCAGCUAUACUUCCAGUUAGGCUACUUUUCUAUAAAAAAUUGAAAUUACUUCCAAUGGUGCACAUAGGAGGGAGUGCUCUGUGUGUAAAAAGCCUGUGUAACCCUUCCCACAAUUACAAUUCCCACAAUUACAGGCUCCACCUCCGUCAGGGAAACAAAGCAGAGAAAGAGUGUACGUUGGUUGCGGUGUAAUUCGGUUGUGGUGUGCUGAAACAGAUGUUUGACUUAGGCCUUGUAAAUAAUGAGGGCAAAAAGGUUUAACAAUGCAAUACUUUAAUACGUAAAACAUUACAUAUCCAGAUCCUUAAAGGGACACUGUAGUCACCCAAACAGUUUUAUCUUAAUGAAGCAGUUUUUGUGAAUAGAUCAUGUCUCUGAAGUAUCACUGCCAUUUAUGAGUAAAAUCACUUUUGUUUCUGUUUAUACUGCCCUAGUCACACAUCCCAUAGCUGUGAGUGGAAUUGUUUCAUUUACAAGCAGAUAUAUCUUACUUUAAAAGUUUUUCUCUUGCUCUGUAAUUAGAACUUUAAUUACAUGCAGGAGGCCCCUGCAGGGUCUAGCAGGUUAUUAACAGGGAGGCUGGAUACCGGGACUCAGUGUGGCUGGCUGAGGGUUACCGGGACUCAGUGUGGCUGGCUGAGGGUUACCGGGACUCAGUGUGGUUGGCUGAGGGUUACCGGGACUCAGUGUGGUUGGCUGAGGGUUACCGGGACUCAGGGUGGUUGGCUGAGGGUUACCGGGACUCAGUGUGGCUGGCUGAGGGUUACCAGGACUCAGUGUGGCUAAGGGUUAACUCCUCCUCUAGUGGCUGUCUACUAGACAGCCACUAGAGGGCACUUCCGUGUCUAUAGGUUUUCUGUGCUAGAGCGUCGCUGGACGUCCUCACGUUGUGUGAGGACCUCCAGCGUCACUCAAUUCCCCAUAGGAAAGCAUUGAAAAGCAUUUUCAAUGCUUUCCUAUGGAGAGCUCAAAUGCGAGUGCGCAGCAUUGCCGCGCAUGCGCAUUAGAUUUCCCCGGCUGAUGUAAGGAAGGGGAGGAGCGGCAGCAACCUGAAACCACUGCCGAGGGAUAUCGGUGGGGGUCUCAGGUAAGUGACUGAAGGGGUUUUCACCCCUUCAGCAACCAGGGAUGGGGGGUGGGAGGGAGAGGACCUGCAGUGCCAGGAAAACGGAUUGUUUUCCUGGCACUGGAGUGUCCCUUUAAGUUUAGAAAGCUGUUUAUUGAGUAUGGUACAAGUGAGUUAAUACAUGCGUGAAAAGAACAUCAAACAAACUGGACACGCAGGUCCUAAUAUCAAUAUCAAUACUAUCAAAGUAUUUAGUGCUAUUUAGCUAAACAUAUUUCCAUAAUGCGGGACAGAUAUUGGCUAAGGAUACAUCAUAACUGAAUCUUGGUUGAGACCAUACCAUGACUGGCCCAAUGGGCUCUUAAUCUGGCCCUGGGAGUAAGAUGUUGCAGUUACUUGAAUUGACCCUCCCCUUUGUUUGGAUCUUGCGAUAUUCAUAAUAUACAACUGCUAUAGAAGAGGAAAAACAGAAAGUUUAUUUAUAUAUUUUUCUUUUUUUUUUCUUUUUCCUCUUGUUACUACUGACCUGCUUGGGAAAGGGGGGACCUUUUUUGUAGGUGGAGGUUACUUGUCUCUCAAUAAAGAGACACUCCACUGCCCAAAUACAAAAUAAAUAAAUUCAUUGCUUAGUAGAUAUAACACAAAUGAACAGUUGCAUGCAUUUAAUUUUGCAAUUUUUCAUUAGCUAUAUCUAAAAACAGCUUGCAAAACCUGCAUUUCUCUUGUCUGCAGCCUUUGCAAGUCCUCCCCUUCUAUCCCCGCCCAGACUUUGUGGCUGUCCAAUCACAGACUUCCCAAUACAUCUCAUUGUGACAUUUUUGCAAAACUGGUGCCCUGAGAAAUUGCUGCCUCAUGCGUUUAGCUCCAAUGAGCUAAACAGACCAUGAAGUAACCGGACCAGUUGUUUGCUUGACAACCAGGGGGUGUAACCAGGUUCAUUUACAAAAGUUCCAAUUUCUAUUAAAGGGACAAUCUAGUUACCCAGACCACUUCAGCUCAAUGUGCCAGGUCAGAGAAACUGCUAUGUUUACAUUCCCGGGUUAAUCCAACCUCUAGUAGCUGUCUUUCUGAAAUGCUUUUCUACGGAGUGUUAGAAUGCACGGCUCUUGCUGCGCAUGCGCAUUCUAUUCCACUCGGGAGCUGACAUCAGCGGGGGGGGAGAUGUCACCAGCGCCGAGGGAGCACGGCGCUGGAUUAAGGUAAGCUGUUGAAGGGGUUUUAACCCCUUCAGCGCCACGAGAGGGGGACCCUGAGGGUUAGGGUCCCCCAAGGAUGACCUAGUGUAAGGAAAACAGGUUUGUUUUCCUGACACUAUAGUGAUCCUUUAAAUUCUAUGCAAUUUGUGCAAAAUAGAAAAAAGAUGACACACACUUUACACAUAAAGCAUUUCAGCAAGCUAAAAGGGCUUUAGGGGUCUGAACAGUCUCUUUAACAAUGUGAUUGCUGACUCCCAAACAGAAAAGAAACCAGGUUCAAAGGAAGGAAAAUAAAUAAAACAUUGGUGGUGUGGGUAUAAUCCAAAAGCUUGAAAAAACAUUUUGGUUUAUGUCAAUCCAAACAAGGAGCUAAAAGGUGCAAAAAAAAUUCUUUACAUGUAUUGUGCCUCUCGAACCUUUCUUCUUCCUCUGUCCCACUCAUUAUAAAGUUGAUCAAGACCUUUUAAACAUGUGCCAAGAUUCUGCUUAGUCUUACAUGUUCUUUAAUUUCUCUUUUUCUAGGCAUGCGGUAUUUUCCAGAAGCUAAUAUAUAUUACAUGGAUGAUUCUACUGAUGGAAAUUUUCUACCUGCCAAAUUUAAUGGCCAUUGCAGUCUGAAGGAUUUCUAUGAUAACCCUAAAAACCCUGAUGGGAACUCCUACCGCCUGCAGCUGUGGAUGUACUGCAUGCGUUUCAUGCAGUAUUCAGAUGCACUGGAACAUCUCCUCAGCACAGGUAUUCUAUUCUCACUUGGACGUCCUGCCUAUAAUUGCUUUUAUCACACUGGUCACCAAUAUAGGCUUCAACAUAAAUAGUUUGGAUCAGCGUUAAAAAGAACACGAAUAACUUUUCAAAUCAUUUUAUCUGUAGGAGUCUCAAUAAAGCUUAUGGGAAUUUUAACAAACUGUAAUAAUUUUUGAUGCCAAAUGAAUUAAAUCAAGGCUGUUUGGGGUAUCACCACACAUAUGGGUACCAUUUAGUGACAUGGGCCCCAGGUGCCAAAUGUAUAUCUUGUUACAGAAAAUGUAAUCCAUUAACUCCAUCCAUCAGAGGUAUUCUACUCACCAUAAAACAGUCUCUGAACCCUCACUGAUUUUAGAUAAUGCCAGUAUGAAAUGUUGUCAGAGAGACCUCUCAGGGAUCAGUUCCUGCAGGCCUUGUAUCGAGUGAGAUUUGUUGACCUCCCAAAACCAAGCAUGCAAUGUUCUCCUUGCCUACAGCUUUUGUGUUGAUGGUUGCUAUUGUUCAUUUUAUUAUGGUUUUUAAUUUUCUUUUUCUACUAUGAUUAUCCUUUAGGUAGGAUAUCCAUAUUCCCCGUUAUAAUUUCAAUUUGUGGGAAGGAGGUUUAAAAAAUGGCUCACAAUGGUGUGAUAGUGUUUAUUCAACACCGACUAGAAUAAUGAGUACUUACAGAGUGUUACUAUAGCAUUCCACGUUCACUGUAUUCUACUGUUGAUUGUGGGUUCCAGAGUUUUAGUUUCUGUGUCUCCAAUUACUAAAGACUAUAAAUUGUGCCCCUUAAAAGCAUUUACUUUACUGUGCUGGGACUUCCUGGAUUAAAUACUCCAAUUCUAGUGCAUUCCAUAAAUCUUUGGCUCACUUCACUACUAAAUGCAUGUAUUUAAUGAUUGGAGAGCAAGAUGUUUGAUCUAAUUUGUUUGAUUUUCAUCUCACAGGUCAGGGAGCAAUUCUGGAGAGGUCCCCAUUUAGUGACUUUGUGUUUCUGGAUGCCAUGUUAAAGAAUGAAUACAUCCGCAAGGAAUGUAAGCAAGCAUGAAUAAAUAACACCACUACAUCUACUGUAUGCAUGCAUUAAAACACUUGGCCAUUUACAUACAUGCUAACCUAUAAAUGGAUAGCUGUGUACUCCUUUCUGCCAGUACAUUUAUCCAUCUGUGCGCGAUAUUAACCCCUUAAUAACUGGUAUCCUCCGCAGUCCUGAGUCCUUUUGUAAAUCCGUUAUCGCUAAAUGUUAUUGCAGGUCUCCUUAAAAGGGAGGGAGUCCCACAAUAGGCCCCCACUCUUGCUGCCCCUGGAAUCUGAUCACUGUGCUAAGAUGCCAUAGAGCUUGAAUGCCAACUGCAGUUACCAGAUCAUUGUUGGCAUAUACUGGACUAUUGCCUGAUAUCUAAAGCAUGAAACAUCUAGAGCAAUAGUUUUGGUAAUCCCACCCAGAGCACCUGAUUGCUAUGACAGGCUGUCUCACUAAUCCGAUACCUGAUAGCUCAGCAGCAGGCUAACAGACCGACUCUGUCCUGAUAUGCCUGAACAGUUCAUACUGCUCUAUUGCUUUACUGCCUCACAGUGAAGCAGUCCAACAAUGCUCUCUGAUUGGCCCCCAGGCUGACUGAUCACCUUUGGAGCCGAUAGCGUUAAUGACUUGUCAUAAAGUUUAUCUAUUUUGCUUCUACAUACAUACCUGUGUCUAAAUCUUUACUUUUUAUUUUUUUCUAUUUGACAGAAAUUUGGAAUGGGUAUACAUGUGGGGUAUUUCACAAUACGUGAAAUUGAGCGUUAAAAUGUAAUAACUAAAAUAAAAAUGUUAUGCCAUAAUUUGGCAGAAAUUGGUGAUGAAACAACCUGGCAAAAAGACUCCAAAUGCGCAGUAUUAAGUAACUGAAAUUGUCUUAUUUUGCAAAUGAUAUGCCAGGAUAGGAGUAAAAUGCAGUUGGAGAUGGCUACAAUUUUGUCCAAAAAGUGACAUGGUCCCAGUAAAACAACUGUUAAAAUUGGAUAUCUGAAUUGAUAUGUCUUGAAUUUGUCACUGUAAUUGCCGUCACCGGUGUGUUUUAUCCCAUCACCUACUGCUAGUGUUGUUGUGCCAAGCGGUAUAUCUCCUUGAGCAAGCUACAGGAAUGGCAUGGCCUCUAAAAUGGCAAAUACCAAUUGCUCACCCAACUCCAGAGGCCAGUUGUCUUGUAUUCUGACCAGUCUGAAACAACAAAUCAGAUCCGUGGAGGCACCACCAGAUAACCGAUACUUUGUGCCAGAUACCACGGGACAUGUUCCGAGGUGGAGUGGGGGGUUCACUUAUUUAUUUGCCUCAGAAUUGGUAUUGUGUGAAAGGAAUACUAUAGGCUCCAAAACAACCUUAGCUUAUUGAAGCAGUUUUGGUGUAUAAAACAUGCUCCUGCAGUCUCCCUGUUCAAUUCUCUGCCAUUUAGGAAUUAAAUCACUUUGUUUAUACAACCCUAGUCACACGUCCUUGCAUAUGGCUUGCAGAGCCUUCCUAACACUUCCUGUAAAGAGAGAUCUAAUGUUUAAACUUCCAUUAUUGCACAUUCUCUUUAAACUAGAAUUUUGUAUCUCCUGCUUUGUAAAUAACUUUCUAGACCCUGCAGGAGUCACCUGUGUGUGUGAUUAAAGUUCAAGUUCUAUUGUGUAGUUCUAAUAAUCAGUUCACCACAAUUCUCUCUUUAGCCAUUAACCCCUUAGCGACCCAGGACGGUUCAGGACCGUCAUCGGCAUUUUUGCCUUGAGGACCGAUGACGGUCCUGAACCGUCCUAACGGUUUCCGUUACUUACCUGAUCGCCGUCGUUCCCCCGGCGGCGAUCAUCAUUGCUCCGGUUGUGGGGAGACUGCCUGCAGCCCAGACAGUCUCCCCACACUGAAUUAGGACCCCCUGUGGCCAUGUGAUCGCUUAACACAGCAAUCACAUGGUUACAAUAGGUGUCCAUGUGUCUGCCUGCAGGGGGACUGUCUGUGCUGACAGGCAGUCUCCCUGCUAGUGUAAAAUCAAUAAAAAAUAAAUAAAGUUAGUGUUAACAAAAAAAAAUUAAUAAUAAUUAUAUAUGUGUAUAUAUGAUAUAUAGACAUAUAUUAUAUCUAUAUAAUAUAUGUCUAUAUCAUAUAUAUAUAUAUAUAUAUAUAUAUAUAUAUAUAUAUAUAUAUAUAUAUAUAUAUAUAUAUAUAUAUUGCCAUACUAAGUGUAUUUUUAUAUUAAUAUGUACUUAUAUUAAUAUAAAAAUACACUUAUAAUUAAAUUACACACGUGUGUGUAUAUAUAUAUAUAUAUAAUAACUAUAUAUAUUGUAUAUAUUAUUAUAAAAUAUAAAUAAUAAGUAAUUUAAAUUAAAUAAAAAAAAUUUAAAAUAAUAAUAAAAAAAUUAAAAAAAUUAUAUCUAUAUGAAAUUUUAUUCUAACUGUAUUUUUAAAUUAAUAUAUAUAUAUUUAUAUCAAAAUACACUUUGAAUGAAUUUGUAUAUAUAUCUAUGUAUAUAAAAAUAAAUAAAAAUAAUAAGAAAUAUACAUAUGUCCAUAUACAAAAUUACAUAAAUAAUUAUAUAAAUAUACACGUAGACUUCAGAUAUAUAAAUAUGCAUAUAUAUUUAAAUUCUACGUGCGUAUUUAUGUAAUAGUUUUACAUAAUUCAGUAAUUUUAUUGAUUGCAAUUUAAGGGACCUACCUGCCAACCCAGGCUGAAAUUCCAGAGAAUUGAAUUUGCUAGCACUGUAUUUUACCCUGUAACGUUCUACGACACCCUAAAACCUGUACAUGGGGGGUACUGUUUUACUCGGGAGACUUCGCUGAACACAAAUAUUAGUGAUUCAAAACAGUAAAACAUAUCACAGCGAUGAUAUUGUCAGUGAAAGUUACUUUUUUUGCAUUUUUCACACACAAACAGCACUUUUACUGAUAUAAUUGUUGUGAUACGUUUUCCAGUUUUUAAACACUAAUAUUUGUGUUCAGCGAUGUCUCCCGAGUAAAACAGUACCCCCCAUGUACAGGUUUUAUAGUAUUUUUGAAAGUUACAAGGUCAAAUAUAUGGGUCAAAUAUUUUACAUUGAAAAUGGCCAGGUUGGUUACGUUGCCUUUGAGAGCGUAUGGUAGCCCAGGAAUGAGAAUUACCCCAUGAUGGCAUACCAUUUGCAAAAGAAGACAACCCAAGGUAUUGCAAAUGGGGUAUGUCCAGUCUUUUUUAGUAACCACUUGGUCACAAACACUGGCUAAAAUUAGCGUUCAAUUUAGUUUUUUUACUUUUUUCACACACAAACAAAUAUGAAUGCUUACUUUGGCCAGUGUUUUCGACUAAGUGGCUACUAAAAAAGACUGGACAUACCCCAUAUUGAAUACCCUGGGUUGUCUACUUUAAAAAAAAUAUGUACAUGUGGGGUGUUAUUCAGAGAUUUAUGACAGAUAAUAGUGUUACAAUGUCACUAUUGAUAAAUUUAAAAAAUUUAUGUUUUGAAACCGCAAUAUUCUACUUGUACCUAUAGCCCUAUAACAUGCAAAAAAGCAUGUAAACACGGGGUAUUUUUAAACUCAGGACAAAAUUUUGAAUCUAUUUAGCAGUUUUUUUAAUUCGCUUUUGUAGAUGAGUAAAAGAUUUUUCAAGUAAAAGUCAAAAAACAUGUAUUUUUUUCAAUUUUUCAUCAUAUUUUUUUAUUUUUUUUAAAUUAAAAUACAUGAGAUUAUAUAAAUAAUGGUAUGUAAAGAAAGCCCCUUUUGUCCUGAAAAAAACAAUAUAUAAUUUGUAUGGGAACAGUAAAUGAGAGAGCGGAAAAUUCCAGCCAAACACAAACACCACAAAAGUGUAAAAACAGUCCAGUCCUUAAGGGGUUAAACACUCUUGUAUUUCACAUGCCACUGUUUAAAAAAUAUUUUUACAUCCCAAAAUAGUCAGUUAUUUCAAUAUAAACUUAGUGUAUGCAAUAAUUGUUCCUAAAGUAAAGAGUACUAUUGCAGAUAGGAAUUAAGUUUAUAGUCUUAGUGUGUGUGUGUGUGUGUGUGUGUGUGUGUGUGUGUGUGUGUGUGUGUGUGUGUGUGUGUGUGUGUGUGUGUGUGUGUGUGUGUGUGUGUGUGUGUGUGUGUGUGUGUGUGUGCAUAAUAUAUAUAAUUUUCUUUUAAUUUUUUUUUUUUUUUUUUUUACCCCUGCCAGGUGUGUCCAACUACAAUGAAAUUAAGGGUGUGAGCAUUGAUGAGUUCCUGCCCCCUCACCUGGCUAUCUAUGUGGAUGUUCCAGCUGUCGAUGUACACAAGAAAAUCCAGGAGAGAGCAAAUGUAACUGCACAUGUCUAGGUUAUUUACUCAUUCUGUUUUCGUGUUCAGUAUCCGUUUAUUAACCCCUUAAGGACCAAACUUCUGGAAUAAAAGGAAAUCAUGACAUGUCACACAUGUCAUGUGUCCUUAAGGGGUUAAGAGAGAUCAGCAGAAAAACUAUUUAACAUCACAGUUAGGGCCUAAUGUCAGGAAUAAGGUAAAUUAGCAAUUCUUAAAGGAAACUACAACAACAUUUGCCAGAUAACAAAUUGUGUUAGUACAGAGUUGUAUUGUUGCCUUAUGUGAAACAUUUAUGCAUGUAGAAAAAAAUAAAUAAAAAUUAAGUGUGUAUUCAUUUAUUUAGAUUUUUACAACUCUGGAAUUUACUCCAUUUGUUGGUCCCAUACUGUUUUUGUAGUUGACUCCCUAUAGGUUUUUGCUCCAUGUGCCUUCUGAACCUUUUCUGUUUUGCCACUUUGUGUAUUGCUUUAUGGAGCUCUAGUGUGUCUCCUUUUCAUGUUGCAGGCUUCUGAGAAGAAAGUUUCCCUGUCAUACCUUCAGAGUAUUGAAGACGCCUACAAAACUUCUUUCCUACCACAGAUCAGGUUAGAUUUUAAGGAUGGUGUACGCCAAGCAUGUCAAACUCCUAGGCCAACACUGGCCAAAUAAACAAGGUUUAGGUUUAUGUGGACCGCAAAUAAACAAAAACUUCAGUUUUCAUAGAAACAAAGGUUUAUUUUGAAAAGUAUAGUAUAAAAAAAAAAAAACGUUGCCUAACUGACACUGGACGUCCUCACACUCGUAUGGCUUCAAAGUAAACAAAAGAGCGAAUUUAUUUUAAGGAGACCUGCAUUUGCAUAUAACUAAUGUUUCAGUCCAACUACUUUGACAUGUUAAGAAAAGUUUAAUGUAACUGAAAUGAUGAAUGUAUGCUGUUGCACAGCUGUAAAACAGCCAAAUAUAGAAUGGGACAGCGGAUAAGAACCAUUCGGCCCAUCUAGUCUGCCCAAUUUUUUCCCAAAAUACUUUUUCUUAGUCCCUGGACUUAUCUUAAGUCUUGGAUAGUCUUAUGUCUAUCCCACGCAUGCUUAAACUCCUUUACUGUGUUAACCUCUACGACUUCAGCUGCAAGGCUAUUCCAUGCAUCCACUAACCUCUCAGUAAAGCAAUACUUCCUGAUAUUAUUUUUUAAACCUUUGCACCUCUAAUUUAUCUCCUCUUGUUGUGGUAGUUUUUCUUUUUUUAAAUAGUCUCACUCUCUCCCCCAAUUUAAUACACUGGCCCCCUCCCUCACUCACAUUAAUACAUUGCACUCCUCACUAAUUCAAUACACUACUCAUAAUGGCCCCCAAACCCCUCUCCCCCUAUCUUAAGAUGAGCCGCCUGUCCUCCAGUUCUAGCUCUGCUCAUAUUCAUUGUGGGCCCAUUGCUGUCCGCCUUUCCUGCUUCUAUUCUAAAUAUGCUACAAAUUAUGGCAUGUUUUGCUGUUGUGGUUCCUGAUCAUUUCUUUUUGUUCUUUCUAGUGAGACCUCUGAAGUCUUGCAGUAUUCAGGCAGUGAAAUUCAGGAUGUGGAGAAGGUAAGAGUUGCUGCGUAGAAGAAAGAAUUGCUGGAUUUGUACGUAAAAACAUCGUAGCUUGUAUUUCCUUAUAUUACCUUGUACCUAUGUCUCCUAGGUUAUUGAAGAUAUUGAAUACCUAAAGUUUGACAAGGGACCAUGGACAGAGCAGAAUGAUGUCACCUUACACCAUCUACGUAUGCUGUGAGUAUUAAUUAUAUCUUAGUUGAGUCAGGGUUUUGACUGGUUUGCUAUUGCUGACUAUAUUGUUUGUCCCCCCCCCACUGCCCCCAAAAUUACCCAACUCACAGUAUGCAUAUACAUGAAGGUUUUUUUUUGUUUUUUUUUCUUCUGUGAUGACUAAAUUGUGCAGAGAUAGCAAGAGAGAGAUAGAUAUAUUAUAUUUGGUGGUUGGCUGUGCUAUUAAGAUGGGCACAUUUUAUAAUAUGUAAGAGAACCGUACCAUACAGUUUUUAUACAAGAACUGUGAAUUACUUUGUGAUUCUGUGACGCCAUGAUUCAUACACAAUCAUCAGAAAAGCUAUACAUAUUUUUCCCAUAUCGGGUAGCUCUGCAAGUAACUAGGUUUGGAACCAAGACCUGCAGCUUAAGUGGUUUAAUAUGCAUGUCCAUAUUUUCCACAAAUCUGUUUGCAACAGAUUGUAUAUAAACUGCAUGUAAAAACACAGGCCAUUCAGUGCUCUCUCUCCUCAAAAAAAACAACAUAUUGAGUGCUUAUUUCCCCUAAUUAGAUGUUUAAAAAAAAAAUAAACUUCAAAUAUCCUUUGAAACACCCUGUGCAUAUCCUAUUAGUUCUUUACAGCUGGGUAUAUUAUUACCCACCCAUUCUCUGUGCAGUUUAUAUAUACCAGCUGUUUAAGUGACAAUAAAGGAAGAGGAUAGAACCACACAAUGCAUUAACUGCAUACAUAAUUAAUGCACAAUCAGAAAUUGCAACUCCCAAACUAUGCAGUAACAGUCACAAGCGGUGGAUCUGUUGUAUAAACAGUUCAUGCAGCUGUGCCUUUCAUCUUCUCAUAAAUACUGCUAUAUCCAUCACAGGGGAUGAAACAAAAUCAGUUUAAUUUAGUUUACGUAGAUACUGAUACACUAGAAAAUAUUACACCUUUUAUGUGGGUUAUCUGUGUUGACAGCAUAGAUUUUCCAACGGUUCCUCUCCGCAUGAUCCCUGUCUUUAACUCUGGGAGGAUUAAUCUUAAGGGCUGCAUCACAUCUGUCAUGCACGCAAGUACAGGAGUCUAUGGGAGAUCCUGCAUAUCUGACUCUUCUUGGAUCACUUCAUAUAAACAUAAAUGAGAUGUCGUAGACCACAACUGAUGAUGGAAAAUGUCAGGAUGUGGUGGCAGAUGUUCCUACUAAUGCCACAUGUUGCCAAAAAUUGUCUUGUCCAUAAGACAAAGUAGUGCCUAUUUUGACUGUAUUGAAAUAUCAAUAACCCUCCAGUGCAGUGUUUUGAAUUUGUGAAUAUAUAUAUAUAUAUAUAUAUAUAUAUAUAUAAUAUGUAUGUAUGUAUUCCCUGGUAUCGCCGGGUGCAUGGGCCAGCUGACAAAGUAGAUAUAGUAACCAAAAAGAUGAUGGCUGCACUCCUCGGUGGCCUUAUGUUAAAAAUCCAAAAUGCUUUAUUUAAUAUACAUAUAAAAAAAUCAACGUUUCAGCCCCAAUCUGGGCUUUCUUCAGGAUCAGGAAAAAACAAAAAUACCAUACAAACACUAAUUCAACUUAUAUACCAUAAAUGAAAAUAGAUAGACUCACCACAGCUGAUGCGCCCGCCCACCCGGCGUCCUGCCGAUCGCUGUGCGCAACUGUCCAAUCAAAGGACACUCGCGGUAUGACGUGGUUUGUACAACCUUGCGAGUGCCCUUUGAUGUUAGUGUUUGUAUGGUAUUUUUGUUUUUUCCUGAUCCUGAAGAAAGCCCAGAUUGGGGCUGAAACGUUGAUCUUUUUUUUUAUAUGCAUAUUAAAUAAAGCAUUUUGGAUUUUUAACAUAAGAAGACCAUAUUUUUUUGGUUAAAAAAAAACUAAAUAAAUAAAUAUAUAUAAAUAUAUAUAUAUAUAUAUAUAUAUAUAUAUAUAUAUAUAUAUAUAUAUAUAUAUAUAUAUAUAUAUAUAUAUAUAUAUAUAUAUAUAAUAUAUAUUCUCUCUCAAGAGGGGGUUGGCUGCACUCACCUUAACAUGCAUAAAUGGGGGUGCUGCUGGGGGCCAAAUAAUACAAUACACAAGAUCCAGCGCACUCACCUAUCCACUAAACAGCAACUUCAAUGUUGAAAAAUAAGUAGGUUAAUCUCAUAAGAGCAGACAUUAGGCUGUUAGUGUAGGACCUGCCAAAGAUGGGGUACAUUGACGUUGUCUAUGGCUUAUGCAAUGUAUGAUCAUAUAAUGUAACUAAACACCCAUUAUUUUUGCCUAGAUUAGGUGUUUUUAAAAAAACAAAUAAAAUCUUUCAACAUUGAAGUUGCUGUUUAGUGGAUAGGUGAGUGCGCUGGAUCUUGUGUAAUAAAUAUAUAUAUAUAUAUAUAUAUAUAUAUAUAUAUAUAUAUAUAUAUAUAUAUAUAUAAUCUAUAUCUCUUUUAUGAAAAUCCUUAUGGGAAAAACUCAGAAGUGACAACGUUGCUAAAAGUAAUGCUUUAUUUUUUUGUAAGUAUAUUGCACUAAUCUUUUAUAGUUUGUGCAGAAUUAUUUAACCCCUUAAGGACGCAUGACGGAAAUUUUCCGUCAUGACGGUCCUACCCUUAAGGACACAUUUUUCCGUCAUGCAGUAUUUUCCCAGCAGGGUCUUUUACCUUGCUGGUAACUAUGAGCCCCAGGUAUCAUUUGAUUCCUGGGGCUCCCCUCUGUCAGCUGGGGCCAUUUUUACUGGCCCCAGGCUUUUUGAUGAGCUGCAUGCAGAGCUCAAAGUGAGGUCGGCAAACAGCUCUUUUAAUGGGGAUUUAAAUUCCCAAAGACAGCAAUGUAGUGUGAGCAGGGUUAAAUCUCUGCUCACACUAGGAAACCUAGGUAUCAAUAGAUACCUGGGGCUUCCCUCUGUCAGCUGGGGCCAUUUUUAGUGGCCCCAGACUUUUUGAUGAGCUGCAUGCAGUGCUGAAAGUCAACACUGCAUGUAGCCAUUUAGAUCCACAAAGAACACUGCAGCUGAGCAAUCAAGCUCAACUACAGUCAUUCUCUCAAGUGAUCUGGUGCUUGGGAGACCCCCAGUGUCUGAACAGACCCUGGAGGGUCCUCCUCUAUGCCCCAAUGCAAUUCUGAUCAGUGCUGGGCAUUUUCAGUUGCCCAGCACAGAUCGCAUUGCAUUGGGCAUAAUGUCUUCAAUGUAAGAGAUGGGAGACUGCAAUACUGAAAAUAGCCAGUAGAUGGCAGCAGCAUACCACUGUCUUUUUUUAGUUUAAAACCCCUUUACUAAUAUCAGUACUGAUAUUAGUAGAGGGAAACCUUUGGGAUUAAGGAUUACAAUUAAGGAUUAUUAUUCGGUUUAGAAUAAGUACUAGAUUUAUUAUCAGGUUUAUUGUUAAAUUUAUGUUUAAGAUUAGGUUUAUAAUUAAUUGUAGUAUUGGGAUGAUGUUUUAGAUUAGGAUUCAGAUUAUGGUUCCGAUUAGGAUUAAGGUCAGCACGGGCAUCCCUUGCUGGAUAUAGCAAGUAAAUUCCUCUGCUGACACCAGCAGGGGGAAUCAUUUUAACACUAUUGCUAAAGGUGGGAUUGAGAUUAGGAUUAACGUUAUAAUUCAGGUUACACAUGGGAUUACGUUAUGGGUUAGGAUUGUGGUAAAGGUUUAAUAUUAGAUUGAGGGUUAGAUUUGGGAUUAGGAUUUGGUUUAGAAUUAGGGCUUGGUUUAGGAUUAGGGAUUUAGAUUGGGAUUAAGAUUAAGAUCGCUACUUUCCAAAGAUAUACAUAUGGGAUAUAUUUGUACUGAGCAGAUGUUGCUGAGUACAGCUAAGAUAAUUUUAUGACAGUGGGACACACGAGAUUUAAAAAAUAAGCAUCAAAAACACUGUGUAUGUAAAAAUGUUAAAAUAAAAAUAAAUACUACAAACUUUGUAACAAAAUGUCACUUCAAUAAAGCUUAUAAUGUUUUAUGUGAGAGUCCCCAUGGUGUCCACUUUUGUAAAUGGUAUGCAUUGGUGGCGUAAUUUAAAUAUAUGAGCAACUAAAAUGCCCCAAAAUGAAACAAAGACCCAUUGUCAACUUGCCAUUUAAAAAAAACUGUGCUGGGUAUGAUUUUAGCCCUGUAUUUUUUUUUUCACAAAAACCUGGCUAAGGUAUACAAAGGGGGAAUAUAUACUCAGGAAAUAUAGCUGAGAAUAAUUUAGUGAUUUAAUUUACAGUAGUAUAUAUCAAGUGUCCAAAAUUAACCACUAAAAUACAUUUUUUUUUGUGUGAUUUUUUUUUUUAUUUUUUAUUUAUAAUAAAUAAGAAUUUAUAUAUGUAUAUGUCACAUCAGAUUAAAGCCCUUUUUUUCCUUUAAAAAAUGAUACAUAACUUGUGUUGGUGCAAUAAAUAGGAAAAAUGCAAACGGAGGUUGAACACAAACAGCAAAAAAUGCUUGUGUCCUUAAGGGUAGGUCCAGUUUUUGAAGCUGCGUCCUUAAGGGGUUAAUAAUCUGGCUGUAUAUAAAACCAUUGUUAUGUCAGCGAUUCUAUCUCAGUAAAGGGACUCCUCAGCUAUUUUUAAUUUCACAAGUUUUUCUGCAAACAUUUGUGUGUACAUACCCCUCUACAGCUUCUCUCUGCAAGACCUCUCUUUAUUGUCUUAAAUGAAUGAGAUCUGCAACCGUACAGAACCUUAUGGAAAAUAUCUUCUAAUUUUGCUUGUGUUUUUUUUUUUGUAGGGUGGAGGACAAGGACCAAGUUUGUAGCAUGCUUACUUUACCCUUGUACCUUCCAGAAGUCACAAUUGGAGCUAUGGAUUAUGAUGCUGCAUAUUAUCAGUACAGAUCGGUAAGUGAGGCACAUUGAUUUGCAGAACUUCUGUUGUCAUUAAAGGAACACUCAAAGUACCAUAACCACUACAUAUCUCCCACUGAUCACUCUCAGCUGCAUUGCAGGACUUGGCUUAGGAGAGCUAACAGAAGUUCCUUCUUAGGGACUUUGGGCUGUCAUGCAAUGAUAGUGGGACUGGGCUGGGCACAGUGCUUGGCAAACCCCAGCUAAGAAGUCAUAAACGUUCAAAAAAAGGUUUGACUCCUUAGAAUGGUAGGGUAGGAUGACACUAAUGGCACCAAGUUGUAGUGUUUAUGGUGUUUAGAAUUGUUCCUUUACUAGAAUAUAUAACUGUAACCAAAACUCUUAAUUGUUAUAUACAAGAAUUAUAUUUUGUAGAGCAAAUUAAAAUCCAAACCACAAAACUGAGGAUAAUAUAAACAAGCUAUGAUUUAUCUGCCACCCCCACCCCCCAUUCUUGUGAUUUAGAUUUUCAUUUGCAACAGUUUUGUUUUAAUUUAGUGAAUAACCUCAUCUGAAUUCAGCUGUAUUUUGAAAUCACCCAAUGAGAAUAUAGCUUUUACUUUAAAAUUCCUUUCUCUAAUUCCUCUUUAAUACUUUCAAUAACAUGAUUUUUUUUUGCAGCAGCAGUAUCCUGUGGAACAGAAACGUUUCAUACUUUUAUUUUUUUGUAUAUUCUUGUCUGUGUGUUACGUGACCACUUAACCAAACUAUCCUCAUAUAUUAUACAGUAGCUAAUUGUUUUUUGAGUUUAUGGCCCAUAAUUGACAGAAUAUGUCAGGUUCCUAUGGAAUUUAUGCUAUACCUCUCUGUUUUCUUUGUUUUUGCAGCUGCCUGGUAAGAAAUAUGCUGAUGGAUACAAUGCAGAUGUUGGGGAUAAGUACAUCUGGCUGAAGUAAAAGCGUUCUGAUGGGCAAAUCAGAAAUCAUUGUUCCCACCAUGCAAACACACUUUCACUAUGUGAAUGGGCCAGGUUUCUGCCAUGCUGAGCAGGAAUCGCUGAUGUCCCCAGGACUACAACCUGAACUUUAUUACAUUCUGUUUUUGUUUGCGCCCAAAUUUAAAUAAAAACCUAUUUAAAGUAACUGA